AAUUCAAUUUAAAGAAACUUAAUAUAAAAGAUGAAGCUAAACAUAUAUAUAUUGAGAUUGAUUAUUUCGAUAUAGGAAAUUUUAUCGAGAAUAAGAUUCAAGAGCUAACAGUUGACAUGCAAAUUGAAGGAGUAGCUGAAACAGAUUAUCAGACUUAUUUGCUAGUAAAUUUAGACGCUGCUAUGACUCAAAACAUGAUGGCUAAAGAUAUAGCCAAUCUUGUAGUUGCUAAAAUUGAAAUUAUUCGUAAAA